AUGCUGUUUUCAACUUCAGCUGAACUUUCCCGACAUUUCCAUCAUUCCGGGACUGUUGGUGUGGUUAUAAUCGAGACACUACUUCCAUUAGUCAAAGAAACUAUAGCAGGGGAUAGGGACCUGCAAAACGAAAUUAAGAAUGUAAUCGUAGUCGGACAGGCUUAUGGAUAUCGGUCAUUUUCGUCCCUCCUGGAUGAUGAUGGGAGUCACUACAAUGAGAACCUGGACAUUGACCCACACAACGACGUGGCUCUAUUGCCUUACUCGAGCGGCACUUCAGGUUUACCAAAGGGCGUCAUGCUUACACACAUGAAUGUCGUUUCAAAUCUACAACAGUUCAGACUUUUAUCGAAAUCCGUUGCUGACGACACAAGUUUAUGCAUACUUCCUUUGUUCCACUGUUACGGUAUGAUUCCCAUUCUGAUGGGUGUUGUCCAGGAGGGAGGCGUCCUUGUAACCAUGCCCCGAUUCGAGCCUGAACCCUUCCUUGCUGCCAUUGAACAGCACAGGGUGACAAUUCUACAGAUGGUUCCACCUAUUGCCUUGUUCCUAGCCAAACAUCCUAUGGUAGAAAAGUACGACCUGACCAGUAUCCGUACUCCCUUCUGUUCUGCUGCACCACUGGCCUCCUCCUUGUAUAACGAGUACUUAAACAGGUUUAAGUCAACACUUGUUCAAG